AUGCAGCCUUUCAACGGCAAUAGAAACUUUAAUGGCAACGUUCCGUUUAACGGUAAUCGACCCUCUAAUGGCAAUCGCUCAUCUAGGGGCAAUGGACCCUCGGGUGGCAAUGGUUCUUCUAAUGGCAACGUCCCUUCUGGUAGCAACGGCCCUUCUAGGGGCAAUGGACCUUUCAACAGUAAUAGUCCCGUCAACAAAAAUGGUCCCUUCAAUAAUAGCGGCCCCUCUAAUGGCAAUGUCCCUUCUAGAGGCAAUGGAACUUUUCACAAUAAUGGUACCUCUAACGUCCACGAUCCAUUUGUUGGCAAUGGGCGCCCCAACAGAGAUGCGCCCGAUAAUAGAAAUGAAUGUUUUAGCAACAACGGGCCUUCGAAUACAAACGGCCCUUCUAAUGGCAAUCAAAUCUCUCCAGAAGGUUUACUAGAGGCAGGGCAAUCGAGAUUGGAGACCGAGGUUGAAUAUUUAAAAACUCGUUUGGAAUCGCGGUAA